AUGAGAGCUCCAUUUGGCGACCGUUUCGAGAUGGACCUCGAUUUCUGCCCUCGACCGGCGAUCAGCCUUCACAGCACCCCGACCGACGACUUCACAGCACCACAGAGUCGACUGAGUCACCUGUUUCUCCUGACGAUUUCGUUCCUUUUCUCCGACUCAAGUCAUGUGCGUCUGUUAUUGCCUGUUGUGUGGGUGAUUUUGGCUGUGAAUCAGUUAAGCCAUGAGAGCUUAAAGUUAAAUUCUCUAUAUUCCCCAAUCCCUCUUAUCCCUGAGCAAAACAACAAAAAAGCUUCAUCUCCGUCCAUGGCCGCGCUGCAGUCUCACUCCCGCUUUCUGCCUUCCAGCAACUCGCCCAAUCUCAUUCACUUCAGGAAUCCUCACUGUUUCUCCUUUUCCAGUAAGCUCGUUCUCUCGCACAAAUUUAGCAGCACUGAGCUGCGCUCCAGAUCCAGUCGCUACUACCGUACAAGCAGUACUGUUAGCAAUGGCAGUGCUGAGAUUGCGAAGCCAGCUCCCAGGGACACUCUGAACGAGAGGCCGCCGUUUGACAUCAAUUUGGCUGUCCUUUUGGCUGGUUUUGCAUUUGAAGCUUACACCACUCCGCCUGUAUUUCUCUUCUCCCUCGAUNUUAUGAAGAAGUCUACAAGCGUGAAAUGGAUGCAGCACAGUGCCAGACAGUCUUCCUCUCGGAGUAUGUCAUUCCUGCGAGAAAUUUAUGAUGGACAAUUAUUUGUGAAACUAAACAAAGGCUUCAAUUUCCCCGCAAUGGAUCCUUGGGGGACUAGUGACCCAUAUGUAAUCUUGCAAUUGGAUAGUCAGCUACUAAAAAGCAAGGUCAGAUGGGGGACGAAAGAACCCACAUGGAACGAGGAGUUUGCUUUCAAUAUGAAGCAGCCGCCAAUGCAUAAUCUUCAGGUUGCAGCUUGGGAUGCAAAUCUAGUGACUCCUCACAAACGCAUGGGGAAUGCCUGUAUUGAUUUGGAGAGCCUCUGUGACGGAAAUUUGCAUGAAGUGCUUCUUGACUUGGAAGGGAUGGGAGGCGGUGGGAAGAUAGAAGUUGAGAUCAAGUACAAGAGUUUUGAGAAAAUCGACGAUGAAAAGAACUGGUGGAAGAUUCCUAUUGUAACUGAAUUUCUUCAGAAAAAUGGUUUGGAGCCUGCACUCAGAAUGAUUUUGGGUUCAGAAACUGUUCAAGCACGUGAGUUUGUACAGUUUGCUUUUGGACAGCUAAAGUCUAUAAAUGAUUCGUAUAUUGGGAAGGACUGGUUUUCAAAUGCCAAAACUACCAGUGCUCCUAAUCUCAAGACAGACAUGAAAGAGAAGUAUAAAGAAGACUCCGAGCCAACCCAGAACUAUGGCGAAAGUAUAGGAGAAACUGAAUCAGAUAAUAGUGUAACUGAUAAUAUGCAGGAAUCCUUGGAUGAUAGCAAAGCUGGAGAAGAUUCAUGGUCUGACAAGCACUUUUGGAAGACGUUAGCUGAUUCAAUCAGUCAAAAUGUUGUUCAGAAACUUGGUCUUCCUGCCCCUGAGAAAAUUAAAUGGGAUGGUUUCGACUUAUUAAAGAAUAUAGGCCUGCAGUCACGUGAAAUUGCGGAUGCAAGUUAUGUUGAGUCUGGGCUUGCAACUCCAAAUAAUCAAGGUUCAGUUGAUGGUGAUAUAAAGGACGGGUUAGUGUCACCAAAAAAGGAGCAGACAUCUCUUCCCAACAUUAAGAAACUGACGCAAGAUAUAUUAUGGCAAACCGACUCCAUUCUGGGUGCACUGAUGGUUGUAAAUGCUGCUGUGUCUAAACUAAACAUAGGAACAGGCCUAAUUGGAAAGAGUGAUGAUACUUCAACUGAAGCGAAAACGGAGGUUUCUGGAGACAACGAAAGUCAAACAUCAAUAAGUCAGCCGAAUGGAUUAGUAUUGAGUGAGAAGGAAGCAGAGGAGAUGAGAGCACUUUUUUCAACAGCAGAAAGUGCAAUGGAGGCCUGGGCCAUGUUAGCAAAUGCAUUGGGUCAUCCAACAUUCAUUAAAUCCGAGUUUGAAAAAAUAUGCUUUUUGGAUAAUGCAAAAACGGAUACUCAGGCAAGUUUCUAUAUGAUUUUUCCAUUCUUGGUGUUGGUUGUCUACGGUAUGCAGGUGGCGAUUUGGCGAGACCCAGAAAGGAAAAGACUUGUUAUUGCUUUCAGGGGAACAGAACAGUCUAAGUGGAAGGAUCUGCUCACAGAUUUGAUGCUUGUUCCUGCAGGACUGAACCCUGAAAGGAUAGGUGGUGAUUUUAAGCACGAAAUUCAGGUUCAUAGUGGUUUUCUGAGUGCCUAUGAUUCUGUUAGGACAAGGCUUAUGUCUCUCAUUAAACAAGCUGUUGGUUACAGAGAUGAAUCUCCGGAGUUGCUCUCGAAAUGGCAUAUUUAUGUGACUGGACAUAGUUUGGGUGGUGCGUUGGCUACCCUUCUGGCUCUUGAAUUGUCAUCAAGUCAAUUAGCAAAGCUCGGAGUUAUUUCAGUGACCAUGUACAAUUUUGGAUCUCCUAGAGUUGGAAACAGAAAAUUUGCAGAGGUUUACAAUGAGAAAGUGAAAGAUAGUUGGAGAGUUGUGAACCAUAGGGACAUAAUACCAACAGUUCCACGUUUAAUGGGCUACUGUCACGUAGCUCAACCAGUUUAUUUGGCUGCUGGAGAUCUAAAAAAUUCAACCGUGAGUAUCUGGCUCAAGAGGAUGUGGAUGCUUUGGAGGGUGGAUAUCAAGGUGAUGUUAUUGGAGAAGCAACGCCCGAUGUUCUUGUCAGCGAAUUUGUAUGUUCUCUUAGUCUUUAUCCAUUCAUAUAUCCAACUUCCAUUUUGUUUUAAUUUCUGGGUUUUUUAUUCACAUGGGCCAUAA